AUGAACCUAAACCUUCGUGUAGUCACUCCCAAUCGAGUUGUUUGGGAUUCAGAAGUUCAAGAAAUAAUAUUAGCUACUAAUAAUGGUCAAAUGGGUGUAUUACCAAGCCAUACUGCACUUGUAACAGCUUUGGAUAUAGGAGUCAUGAAGAUACGACUCAAUGCUCAGUGGUCCACUAUGGCUUUGAUGGGUGGUUUUGCCAUGAUAGACAAUAAUGAAAUCACAUUAUUGGUAAAUAAUGCAGAAAGAGGUAUUGAUAUUGAUCUUCAAGAGGCUCAGGAAAGAUUUAGACUAGCUGCAGCUGAUCGUGCGUGA